AUGAGCGCGAAGGAAAUCGUCAAUGAGCUAACCAACCUAGGUGACUUGUACGAUACAUCCUUCAUGCGAGAGAGCAGUUACGACAAUCUUAGGGAACUGUUGUCGAAGUUUUACAACAAUAGCUACGACAUCACCGAUCUAAUGGAAUCUCUGACACCGCGAUGCUCGGACAUUCUUCUGGAAUGUUCCUUUCUCAACAAGAAAAGAAAGUGCACGGACAUAUUCUCCCUUGGUAAAACGCACAACGGUUUCUGUUGCACGUUCAAUUAUGUCAUCGAGCCAGACGAUAUGCCUAAGUUCACCGAGGUACCUGAGCCUGUAAUUUACCUGGUAGGAACCGCAAGUUUUUAUUACGGUUUGUCUGUGAUGAUGGUACCGCAGUUGGACGAUUACGCCUACACCUUACUUCCUACCACCGGAUGGAAGGUGAUGAUAUUCGACCCUUACGGUUACCCGGACUUGAGCAGCGGCAGUGUUUCGGAGGUGUUGGUCCCUCCGUUAACUGAAGAAUUCGUGCAACUGCAGGUGGUAGGGAGCCACGGCACCGACACCAUUCGCAUGCACUCGGUAGAGAAACGGGGUUGCAUUUUUCCGGACGAGUACGAGUCGAAUUACACCAGCUACAGUACCAACGCAUGCAUAGUCGCGUGCAGAGUGGAGCACAUAUGGGCGAAAUGCAAGUGCAGGCCGUUCUUCUACCCGCGUCAGGAAUCCAGGAGGACUUGUACCAUAGAAGAUAUACAUUGUUUGACGAAAUAUUACGAAAAACAGUACAAUAUUGUACCCUAUGCGCGCAUAAAUUUGGACAGCGAUUUUGAGAAUGAGAACGUUAUCCGUUGCAACAAUUGUUAUCCCGAAUGCAUCGAUAUGAGCUACUUAAUUCAGAUUUCAGAAACUGAUAUAAAGUCUAGCUACUUCAACGUAACCUUAUACCCGAAUACGAAUGUGAAGGAUCAGAGCAUACUUCAUAUAUACUUCUCAGAUCCCGAAACAGGGUUUUUGAGGAAAGACGUGCAUUAUCGAUGGUACGAGUAUUUAAGUUUUAUCGGAGGCACGUAUGGAUUAUUCGUCGGUUUCAGCAUUGUCAGCGUCGUAGAAAUUAUUUAUUUCAUCACGUCGUAUUUGUUAGAAACUUUCCUACCUCCCGCAGCGAAAAAACCUUCGCGCAAAAACACAACACGAUCUAUCUACUGGAACGAGUUCCUGUCACACUCAAGGGUGAACGUAGAAAGACCUGCUAUUCGAUAUUAA